AUGGGGGUUAACAUUCCCAAUCAGUCUGUUGUUAACAAUUUCGGCCUUCCUCCACAGGGCAAGAAUAUCAGGGCGUUCUUGUUUGUGACCCCGAACAACCCACUUGGUUCUGUAUACACCGCCACACAGAUCAACGAUGUUCUACAUUUCUGUGCCAAGUACGCUCUUCACGUGAUCGUGGACGAGGUCUACGCCCUGUCCAUCCAUGACCCCGAAUCGACCUUCGUCAGUGUCCUGUCCAUGCCUCACCCCGACCCAGAGAGGACUCACUUCCUUUGGGGCUUCAGCAAGGACUUCGGUCUGUCCGGGUAUCGGUGUGGCGUGCUGUGGAGCGCCAACAAGGAGAUGAUCGAUGUGAUCAACAAGACCUUGUUCCAUCCGCCCCCUGCCGUCAUCCAGAUGAGACUCAAACACAUCAUUGACGACACAGACUGGCUACACCACGAGUAUUUCCCAGUUCUGCGGAAGAGACUACGUCAGACAUACGUCAUGGCACGUGACAGGCUACAACAGCUGGGGUUGGUGGUACAUCCUAGCUCCAGUGGUAUCUUCAUCUGGUUUAAUGCUGCUCGGUAUAUGCCGGACAGGAGCAAGUCCGCAGAGAUGUGGCUUUUACAGAAGUUUGUGUUGGAGAAAGUGAUCCUCAUCCCGGGAGACAUUUGCGAGAGUCGAGAGCCGGGAUAUUUCAGAAUGGUCUUCUCUGUCAAUCCGGCAGAACUCAAUGAAGAGUCAGGAGCCAAAAAGAGGGGUUAA